UAGAGGUCAGCGACGCUUUGUAAGCGCGUACGACCACACACGAUUGCACUAGAAACAGUCUGAGGCGGGGAUGAAAGGUUGCAAACAUGGCGGCGGCCUUCGGCGACGAGGAAAUUGACAAUGAUGAUUAUUAUUCUUUACUGAAUGCUAGGAGGGAGGCGACCCAGGAGGAGCUGAAGGCGUCGUACCGGAGGCUAUGCAUGCUCUAUCACCCGGACAAGCACCGGGACCCGGAGCUCAAACGUCAGGCGGAGCAGCUGUUUAAUCUCGUACACCAGGCCUACGAGGUCCUCAGCGACCCCCAGUCCAGAGCCAUUUAUGAUAUCUACGGCAAGCGGGGGCUGGACGUGGAGGGGUGGGAGGUCGUGGAGAGAAAGAGAACUCCAGCGGAGAUCCGGGAGGAGUUUGAGCGGCUCCAGCGGGAGAGGGAGGAGCGGAGACUACAGCAGAGGACCAAUCCAAAGGGGACAAUCAGUGUGGGUGUGGACGCCACUGAUCUCUUUGACCGCUAUGAGGAGGAUUACGAGGACAUGCCUGCCGGUGGCAUGCCCCACAUCGAGAUUAACAGGAUGCACAUAUCGCAGUCCAUAGAGGCCCCGCUGACGACCUCAGACACCGCCAUCCUCUCCGGCUCCCUCUCCACACACAACGGUACUGGAGGCGGCAGCAUUACUCUCGCAAUGCGCAGGGUCACUUCUGCUAAGGGCUGGGGAGAGGUGGAGAUUGGUGCUGGAGACUCACACGGACCUGUCUUUGGCAUGAAGAUAUUCCGCAACCUGACCCAGCGCUGCUUCCUGACGGCGCAGUGCGGGCUGCAGUUCUCCUCGCGGGGCGUGCGGCCCGGCGUGACCACGGUCCUGGCGCGGCACCUGGACAAGAACACCAUGGGCUACCUGCAGUGGCGCUGGGGCAUGCAGUCCUCCAUGAACACCAGCGUGGUCCGGGACACCAAGACCAGCCACUUCACCCUCGCCAUGCAGCUGGGGAUACCUCACACGUUCAUGAUGAUGAGCUAUCAGUACAAGUUCCAGGAUGAAGACCAGACCAAGCUCAAAGGCUCUGUAAAGUCGGGGUUCUUCGGCACGGUGGUGGAGUACGGGGCGGAGACGAAGAUCAGCCGGCACAGCGUGCUGGGGGCCACCGUCAGCGUGGGGGUCCCUCAGGGGGUGUCCCUGAAGAUAAAGCUGAACAGGGCCAGUCAGACGUACUUCUUCCCGGUGCACCUGAGUGACCAGCUCCUGCCGAGCGCUGUGUUCUACGCCACGGUGGGGCCGCUGCUCUUCUACCUGGCCGUGCAGAGGCUGGUGAUCAGGCCCUACCUGCGCGCGCAGAAAGAGCAAGAGCUGGAGAAACAGCGGGAUAGCUCCUCCUCAGAAACAGCCCGUAAGAAGCAGGAGGCGGAGUCAGCUAUUCUGCUGAUGCAGGAGUCUGUUCGCAGGAUCAUUGAGGCAGAGGAGUCCAAGCUGGGGCUCAUCAUCCUGAACGCGUGGUACGGGAAGUUUGUGACGGACAGCAGCCUGAAGCACGAGCGGGCGAGGGUGAUAGACGUCACCGUGCCUCUGCAGUGCCUGGUCAAGGACUCCAAACUCAUCCUCACAGAGACCACCAAGGCGGGCCUGCCCGGGUUCUAUGACCCCUGUAUGGGCGAGGAGAAGAGUCUGAAGGUGCUGUAUCAGUUCAGAGGCGUGAUGCACCAGGUCCUGUCCCGGGACACAGAGGCGCUGCGGAUACCAAAGCAAUCUCACAGGAUCGAUGCAGACACCUAGGGGCCUACUGCCCGCAGGACGGAGAGACCCCGGGCGAGAGGCGGACUGACGGAUGCACAUAGACGACUGGACGAGGACUUCAGAGAGACUGACACACAGACACCAACACCCCUUCUCCUCACGUCACUCCUGCGUGUCCCCACUUCUCAGCUGUCUGUAUAAAUGUGACUAUAUGUACAGACAGAACCCCACAAUCAUGUAAUGCAUAAAUAUCACCUAUAUAUAUAUAUAUAUAUAUAUAUAAAUAUGAAAGGUUGUGUAUUUCAGCAAGUGUCAACCACAGCCAUAUUGUUUCCCUGGGGUGCCCAGAGGAUGGGUGCAGAAACUCCAUGCGUGGAUGGGUGGGUGUGUUUGUGUGUUUAUCUGUUCAACACAUAUGCACAAAGUGUAUGGAUGGCCCUCCCCGUUCUCCCAAUAUUCCACCUAUCGUGUGAGGUCUCGGAAGAGACGUGUAAAUCCCCUCCCGCCCCCAGCCAUGGCCCCCCAGUCCACGGAAACGCACAACCCCUGUACGUUAUGCAGACGGUUUUAUGGAAUGUUACAGUGCCUCAGCGUGACCUUUGACCUUGUGUUAGAGGCUCCCAUCAGUGGGUGAGAGAGAGAGAUGUGCUUUACUGUGAGUGCAGUGUGUGGACGCAGGACAUGACAAAAGACUUGAGGGAAUCUGCCGGUGGUAAUAGCGGCCAUUUUAGAAGUGUUCCCUCUUCUCAGUGCUCUUAAUUAUACGGUGAAAUAAACCCUUUGAGUAAUCGACCUGUUUUUAAUGGCACAAAUAAACCCCGUAGAGAAAGAUC